AUGCUGGGAACCGUAGAGAAGAUAUCGCACGAUGGCGAGUAUGUGCGGCAUGUGGAGCUCCGGCUUCCGCAGCGUGGCUCUGCGCGGGGACAGCUACUGUCAAUAAGAACCUGCGAGCGGAUUGGCCAAGGGUCCUUCGGCACCGUCUACCGUGCCAUGUGUGAAGAGUACCCUAGGCUGGCGCUAAAGAUCGCCACCGGGAAGAGCGCACGGCUUCGCCAAGAGCUUGAGGUCCUUAGCAAGGCCUGCACAAAAGGGAAGCUGCUACUGCCCCGGUUUGAAUUUGGCGCUAUUAAUAAGGCAGGUGAUCUUAUUGCCGUUGGUAUGGAGCUCUGCGUGCCGUGCACGCUGCACGAUUUGCUCCUCGCAACGCGUCUUACCAAUGAAGCUGACAUGUUAUUCAUCGCCUACCAGGUUCUACAGGCCGUUGCAUGUGUUCACGAGCAGCGGUGCAUUCAUAGAGACGUUAAACUUCAGAACUUUGUGUUUGAUUUAGACGGUAAUCUGAAACUCAUAGACUUCGGAUUGGCGUCAAGUGUGUGGAACCCGCCACCGGGAGACGUAGUGGCGGGUACUGUUUCGUUCAUGGCCCCGGAAAUGGCGCACAACGCCCUGCACAGAGAUCAGCGGGUUACUGUUGGCGCUGCGGCAGAUGUUUGGUCGGCUGGCAUCGUCCUCUUCUCGAUUUUCACACAGCGUAACCCCUACCCAGCGAAGACAUGCUCGCUCACGUCCCCAGGUUCUGAUGAUGAUGAUGAUGAUGAUGAUGGAGGUGGUGCGGCAUCCAACACGCUACAGAAAGAUAAUGCACGCCUCCUCCGCCGUGUGGCUUCUGGGGACUGGCGGUGGCCGGUGGGCUGUAGCAUCUCCAACAAUAUGCGGCAACUGGUUGAAUUUAUUCUCGUCCGCGACCCUGAGAAACGGCCGGAUAUCCUAGCCAUUCUCAGCAAACCCAUAUGGAAUUUGCGGCGUCGCUCUCCGCCCGCCGCCGUCACUGCGUUCCUGGGUGUGCAGGACGACUUUCUGCUGUCACACGAUGAGGCGCAGCUGCUGCGAGCCGUGGAGCAGCGCAGCGCAGAUAUUACUGCCAGUCUGAUGGGUAGCCGCGCGAAUAGCCCUGACGCGGAUGCGGACGACACGGAUCAGCGAUCGUCGCUGAAGUUUGUGGCCAAGAAGGAAACGGCGGUUGGCGGUCUGCCAACACACCAGGUGUACGACUUUCGACCUGAAGCGAAGCAGAAGAAGCCUAUUCGCGAGAUAUCCGUGGUGCUAGCCGAGGAGACGGCGAAAAUGUGCAGACGGGGUGGUUUAAGGCAGUCGAAGGACGGCGCAGCGUCGGUGGUGCGCGGAAACUCCCGAACACGUUCUCGUGCAAACUCUUGUGCAAAUUCCCGUGCCACUUCUUUGGCGACGGUGCAUCGCAGUGACGAGAAUGAGGACGACGAAAAGGUCAAGAGGGAAGGUGUGGCCGACCGUGGUGGGAAUCCUACAUCCGAAACACACGGCAAAGAUGAAGACUCAAAGGAAACGGUGGAAGUUGAGGAAAAGAGGAGGGAAAUGUUUUCUUCGGAAUGGGCACUUGUGCAGGAUGGGCACACAAGGGAUGCGAAGACAGUAGGUCAGUCCACCACUCCAAUGAAGAAUGAAACCAACAGAAAUGAUGAACCUCCAAAGGAGGUCCCUGCCCCAUGCACUAAGGGCGGCACUGCUGUGCGUAAAGGGUCGAGGGCACCCAGGGGGAAAGGAGGCGCAAAGAGAGCUGCUGAAGAUAUGGCGCCUGCCUCACUUGACGCUGUGCCGUCGAAACGACCGAGAGCAGAGAACGAUAAAAGUGCAUUGAUCGAUAAAGAGUUUGUUGUUCUCAUUGCCAGAGAGACUGCGGUGCGUGCAUCCGAAGAGGAGGAGUUGCUCUUGAGACAUAAAUGCCUCUUGGGUGGCUUUCGCAUUGCUAUUGAGGAGAGUCAGGAGCGGUUCAGCAUGAUAUGGCUCGCAGAGGAGCAGCGGCGGUCUGCCGCACAUCCGCACCGCUUUAAAGAGACAACUCGUAUCAGCAAGAAGUACCAGUACGGCUUCGUUUGCGACUUGUGUGAUUUCGAGUUCCUCCCAGAUGGAAAAAACAUCCACUUCUUUCACUGUUCUUGCGGCAGAGAUUUGUGUCUGGACUGCCAUGAGACGUACAGCAAGCAGUGUACUUGUGCCACAUGCGGCAAUGUGUACGAGAACAGCGUGGCGUUGCGCGAUCAUUGUCUAAAGGGCGCCUGCAAAGUGGUGGGGGCCCCGGCGGCGGCAACGUCAGCGAGUAGAGGGAGGACCUCAACCCAGAUACAUCCGCAGUCUUUGAGCAGCAACGUCACAUCAACGAAAUCUGCAACGCGAGCUGGCACUGCAAGACGAGGGAAGGCCAGCACACUUGGCACCACAACAUCAGUAGUGGAAGCAGCCAAGGGUGCAGUUGUUAACGAGAAGAAAGUGAAGGCAGAGCAUGUGGUACAGAAUGAAGGUGCGUCUGGAACAUCACCGUCGUCCUCGUCGCUGUUCAGUAGGCCCAUCAACACACUGCCGCAAGGCCAAUGGAAGCCGAUGGAGCGCUUGUCGGUGAGCUACAGGCCUGUUCAGCCGACGGCGGAGGAGCGUGAGGCGCUACUCCAUGGUGACUGGAUUCGUCAUUUUCAUCUCUUCCCUGUGGAGGAGGAAGAUGUGGAGCCAGUUGCCUUUACAUACCAUAUCCAGCCGGGACGUACUGGCGCCAUAUUUUUGAACCACAGCUUUUCCAUGCACUCCGCAGUAAUUUCGGUUUUAGAGCGGCAAAUGCUUAUUGUGGACUACGUGGACACCUAUGAGAACAGAGAUGCGGCACGGGCGGUCUCAUUGGUGCAAGCAAAAUGUAGCGUGGAGAACGCCUUUAACCUCCUUCAGCGCGUUGUCGCCUACGACUGCAACAUGCUAAAGCAGCACCGGGCCCCUGGCACCAUCUCCGUCUACCGGAAUACGCAGACGGCGGUGCGUUGCCAAGGGGAUCCAUUCGUGUACGUCCGCUGGUUCCGCUUCGACAGUGAGCGUUCUCUGAGUGCCUUCCUGCUCUCCAACGGGGCUGUGCAGGUGUUUGUGAGUGACCAGUACGAAAUACGUUGGUUCGAUGAGAGCCGCAAGUUCAUCCUCCGCAGCAAUGGCGUCUGUGAAAUAGUAGAUGAUGCCACAUUUGCGCUCGCCCCUGAUGUGAGCCGCCUGUUGUACGAUGAGUUUUAA